GAUGUUGUUACUGCUGGCUCUUGGGCUUUAUGAAAUUUCUCAUUCAAUGGAAAAAAGAAAAAGAAAAAAAUCGUAAAAGACAACACCCAGUUGAUACGCAACGUCUGAUCUCCCUUUUCUUAUCUAAUUAAGCUGACUAGCUGAGGGCCCAGACUUCUUCUGCACAUGGUAAUUGCCCAGGAGAUAUUAUCAUGGUAGCAGACGAAAGUCUUUGGUUUGGCAAUCGUGGGUUUCAUUACUUUUCUUCAACUCCAUCCUCCCAGAAGAUUAUGAUUCACCAGUUUCAUCCGCCGCCGCUCAAAACGUCGCCAUCUAUGGCAUUCCCCAACCAACAAGUACCCGAUCUCCGACGAGCCUCGUCUCCCGCGGCUUCUUCCUCCACCGCACCACCGCCGACCUCAACCUCAACCACCUUAACAACGUCUUUUGUUUGGGUAAUUGAUGAAUCCACCGCUAGCCCUUUGCAUCACCAUAAUUGACUAAUAUCCAGAGACAUCGAUUGGAGUUGCGAAGCCAUGCUCCAGCAACAUCUCGGAAGGAGGCAGCACAAUCAGAUCUUUCGAUUUGGCACCGAAGAUCAAAAAGGGAAAUGGAGACUCUGUUAGGCUUUUAGAAAUCGUUCCCGGCGCAGCCAUCCAGACGUAUUUUCGGAGGAAGGAGAUGUAGGAGGUCGUGGUACAUAUGAGUCACCGGAGGUCCGUGUUAGUGAGAGAGAGAGAGAGAGUCGGCGGCGUCCAGAAUAGGAUAAGAGAGAGACAUGCUUGUAAUUUUAUAAUUGGGUUUGUCUAAAACAGUCUUUUCACUAGUAUAUGGGGGUAAGUGGGCACAUUAAUCUCUUAUUGGAGUAAGUGAGUUCAUGUUAGCCCAAAAUUUGGGCAUUUGGUCAAAACCCCAUAUUUUUUUUAUCGGGGAUGAGGUAACAAGUCAUCUCAAUCACGUAGCACACUUACCUAGUUAGUAUUCAGACCGAGAUCCACGAGAGUAUCCUAGUAAAGAUACUAAUUUUUUUUAAUUUUUUAAUUUUUUUUAUUGGUGUGACAUAGCAAGCCACAUCGGUUAACAUAAGUGAGUUAGUAACACAUCCAUCUAGUCAGUUUUUCAACCGAGGUCCACGAGGAUAUCUCAGCAAAACCAUACUAAUCCCACGCUACAGACGCACACCCCAAAACCCCUCGAACGUACUGGCCUCAAACUGGUGAAAGUUGAGACUCGAACGCUAGAUAUGAGAGGUUCCACACUAAGCCGCUCGACUAACCUUACCACACCAGGUAGUUAACAAUGACGAUGUGGAAACGACGAAAAAAAUAUUGCCGUAAGAAUAGAUUUAGCCCAUUGGGCCUGGCGGCCCAUCAGAGACCAUAUCUGGUUCAGUGUGCUCCAUUUUCAGCAGACGCAAAACCCUCUCAAAAUCUCAGCAAACUCCAUCAGCACCAGUUUUCAGACCAAAAUGGGAAAGAAACGCAAAUUAGGGCAACGCGAAGCAGCGCAGUCGCAAGUGGCGGAGCCGAUCGUUAUCUCAGUUGACGACGCCGGAAAGCCUCUCGAACCGUUGAAAGAGAUCGGAUUAAUACAAGCGAAUGUGCUCUCAAACCCUAAUGAGGUCGCAGUAAACGCCGCAGAACAUCCCGGGGAAAAUCCUCCGGUGCCGGAGAUUGAAGGGAAAUCCGAAGCAGUGGAGCCGAGAAAGAAGAAGAAGAAGAAGAAGCACAAGCCGAUUGAUACCUGUGUCGACGUCGCCGGAAAACCUUUAGAACCGUUAAAAGAGGUCGGAUUGAUGCAAGCAAAUCCGGCGGAGCUUCCGCCCACAAAUCCAACGAUUGAAGCAAAAUCCGGAGCAGAACUGAGCUCAAAUCCGGUUCCGGAGAUUGAAGCAAAACCAGCGGAGCUGCCGCCCCUAAAUACAGUGACAAAGGAUGGAGUGAUAUCCGAAGAGCAGAGGAUGAAUCCGGAUCCAAAUGUUGAAGCAAAAACUGGAACCGAAGAGGUGACAGUGAAAAAGAAGAAGAAGAAGAAGAAGCAGAAGCUAAUGGAGAGUCAGAGCACAGUGACAACUUGUGUUGAUAAUGUGGAGAAAAAUGGUGAGGCGAAAAUCGACGAAGAAGAUGUGCCACUAAAAAUGAAGAAGAAGAAGAACAAAAAUCAGAAGCUGGGGGAGAUGCCGGGCACAGUCAUAACUUGUGUUGAUGAUGUGGAGAAAAAUGGUGAGGCGAAAAUCGACGAAGAAGAUGUGCCACUAAAAAAGAAGAAGAACAAGAACAAAAAGCAGAAGCUGGGGGAGAUGCCGGGCACAGUCAUAACUUGUGUUGAUAAUGUGGAGAAAAAUGGUGAGGCGAAAAUCGACGAAGAAGAUGUGCCACUAAAAAAGAAGAAGAAGAAGAACAAAAAGCAGAAGCUGGGGGAGAUGCCGGGCACAGUCAUAACUUGUGUUGAUGAUGUGGAGAAAAAUGGUGAGGCGAAAAUCGACGAAGAAGAUGUGCCACUAAAAAAGAAGAAGAACAAGAACAAAAAGCAGAAGCUGGGGGAGAUGCCGGGCACAGUCAUAACUUGUGUUGAUAAUGUGGAGAAAAAUGGUGAGGCGAAAAUCGACGAAGAAGAUGUGCCACUAAAAAAGAAGAAGAAGAAGAACAAAAAGCAGAAGCUGGGGGAGAUGCCGGGCACAGUCAUAACUUGUGUUGAUGAUGUGGAGAAAAAUGGUGAGGCGAAAAUCGACGAAGAAGAUGUGCCACUAAAAAAGAAGAAGAAGAAGAACAAAAAGCAGAAGCUGGGGGAGAUGCCGGGCACAGUCAUAACUUGUGUUGAUGAUGUGGAGAAAAAUGGUGAGGCGAGAGUCGAUGGGCAGCUUCGAAAGGCAGGGCCAGUAGUAACAGAGGUGAAGGGGGCGGAGGGCACAGUCACAGCUUGUGUUAAUGCUGAAGGGAAAAUCAGUGAAGGGGGUGAAGUAGCUGAGCAAGUGACAAUGCCGGGGCUAAUACAGGCAGUUGGAGUAGUGGAGAAUAAGAAGAGUAAGAAGAGGAAAAGGAAAGGGAACAAGGAGAUGGAGAGCACAAGCAUUGCUUGUGUUAAUGCUGGAAAAAAUGUAGAGCUGCUCCCUAAUCCGUUGCCAAAUGUGGAAGCAAAGCCCGGGGAGGUGACCCCAAAUGCAGAUGUGGAAGGGGAAUGUAAGAAGGGGAAAAGAAAGAAGAAGGACAAAAGAAAAGGAGCUGAGGAGAAACCAAUCAAACAACAUGUUGAAGUAUGUGUGAUAUGUCGAGGAAAAGGGCAUAUCAUCUCGACUUGCCCUCUGCUGAGUAAUACGACCCAAAAAAGUAACAAGAUAUCUGGAAAUAAGCUUUCUGAGUGCCCUCAGCCUCUUCAAGACGAGGAAAUGAAGAGUGGGGAAGCGGAGAAGUUGCUUGUCUGUCCUCCUGAUGAUACUUUGAUGCAAGAUAAGUCAUCUGAUCGUAAAGAAGGUGAGUCCAUUGUGAAGAAUGGCGAAGAGGAGAAGUUUAUUGGCUGUCCUCCUGUGGAUGCCUUGAUGAAAGAAGAAACAUCCGGGGGUAAAGAAGAUGAGUCCACUGUGAAGAAUGCCGAAGAAAGCAGUUGUACUCCUGAGGAUAUUUUCAUGAAAGACGAGAAAUCUGACGACAAAGAAGAUGAGACUUUCGUUAAAGUUGAUUCUGCUUCUCAUCCAGAAGAAAGUUAUGUUAAACCAAUGAUUGAACAGGGCCCUGAGGUAGUAUAUCCUGUUGCAUGAUGAUUUUUGUAAGAUGAAUUUCUUGGCAUUCCAUUUUUGUUUAUGAUUGCAGCAGGCCAAAAUAUCUUUGCUUAAUUUUGAAAGUUGAAACGUCCCCGAAUCAACUCUCACCAGGAAUUUUGUUAGAGUAGUUUAUAGUUUAUACAUGACCAAAGACCAUGAGUGUGGUUCUGAAAUUGAAGACCAUUCAAAUUGAAAUUCUAUUUCAACG